CCCGCUCAGCGGCCGCCAGACAUGGAGCGGCGGGGGAGUCGGAGAUGGUACUCCGCCGUCGCGCCUUCUCUUUCGCGGUGAUCCGCCGUGGCCUGCCCAUUCUCUCGCCCGUGGCUCCUGCUUCUGGGGCCUUCCUGGGCCUCUUCACACCCGCCCGGGAGCGGCGACCGGGACAUGGUCGGGAGGGUGUAGUGGAGCAGCCAGUGGAGGGAACCUAGAAACAGCAAAGCUGAGAGCAUGCUACGGAGGAUGGACACCAAGGAGGCUCUGUUGGGGACAGAAAGAAAGAAAAAUGAGCAACAUGAACCGUGAAGACCGGAAUGCGCUGCGUAUCAAAGAAAGAGAGAGACGUAAUCAAGAAAUUCAACAGGGUGAAGAAGCCUUUCCACCUAACUCUCCUCUCUUUGCUGAACCAUAUAAAGUUACCAGCAAAGAAGAUAAAUUGUCUAGCCGUAUCCAAAGCAUGCUUGGAAACUAUGAUGAAAUGAAUGAUCUAAUAGGUGACCGGUCCCUCCCGAAGCCUGUUGGAAUUCCCAAACCAACAGUACCAGAUGAAAAAUCAAACCAAAGUUUCUUUGGUGAUCAAAGGCACAGUACUGGCUCUCAUCAGAGCAGCAAAUGGACGCCUGUAGGUCCAGCGCCUAGCACUUCUUCCCAAUCACAGAAACGGUCUUCAGGUUUACAGAGUGGACAUGGUGGCCAGCGCAACAGUGGCAAUAGCACUAGCAAUAGUGGGCAGAGGCAUGAUCGUGACUCAUACAGCAGUAGCGGGAGUAGCAGUAGCCGCAAAAAAACACAGCAUGGAUCAGAACACUCAAAGUCCCGUUCUUCCAGCCCUGGAAAACCAUCUGCUGUUUCUUCUCUGAACCCCAGCCAUUCCAGAUCUCAUGGAAAUGAUCAUCACAGCAAGGAACAUCAGCGCUCCAAAUCUCCGCGAGACCCUGAUGCCACCUGGGACUCUCCUUCCCGUGUAACUUCAUUUUCUAGUGGUAGCCAGUCUUUCCCUCCGUCGCUUAUGUCAAAGUCUAAUACAAUGUUGCAGAAGCCUACUGCCUAUGUAAGGCCUAUGGAUGGUCAGGAGUCCAUGGAACCAAAGCUUUCUUCUGAACACUACAGUAGCCAGACUCACAGCAACAGUAUGAAUGAACUGAAGCCUAGUAGCAACAAAGCACAUCUAACAAAGCUGAAAAUUCCUUCUCAACCACUUGAUGCAUCAGCAUCUGGUGACAUGAGCAGUGUGGAUGAAAUUCUAAAAGAGAUGACCCAUAUUUGGCCACCUCCGUUGACUGCUAUUCACACACCUUGCAAAACUGAACCUUCAAAGUUUCCAUUCCCAACAAAGGAAACUCAGCAGCCUAAUUUUGGCACUGGUGAACAAAAAAGAUAUAAUCCUUCAUCAAAAGCAUCUAAUGGCCACCAGUCAAAAUCAUCUGAAUCGAACCAGACAGAUGUUCUGAUAAAUGACUUGAAAAUCAGCAGCAGCGAAGACAGUGAUGGCGAACAGGACUCUGAUAAGACGGUGCCAAGAGGUACACCUGGAAGUAACUCUGAACCUUCCCAGCAUACAAGUGAAGGGGCAGAUAACUCUAGGGAUGACUCAAGCAGCCAUAGUGGAUCCGAAAGCAGUUCUGGUUCAGACUCUGAGAGUGAAAGUAGUUCUAGUGACAGUGAGGCUAAUGAGCCAUCACAGAGUGCAUCUCCUGAGCCUGAGCCGCCUCCAACUAAUAAGUGGCAGCUUGACAACUGGCUGAACAAGGUGAAUCCACAUAAAGUAUCACCAGCUUCUUCUGUGGACAGUAACAUCCCAUCAACACAAGGCUACAAAAAAGAGGGUAGAGAUCAGAGCACAGGGGGAGGAUAUGCAGAUCAGAGUGGAUCUAAAGAUUCUAUUUCCUCCACUCCUGGGAGAGAUUCAAAAGCCAGUCAGAAAGGAUCGGAGGGCAGUCGUGGUAGACAAAAGUCACCUGCUCAGAGUGAUAACAUGACCCAAAGGAGGACUGUAGGUAAAAAGCAGCCCAAAAAGGCCGAGAAACCAUCUGUGGAAGAGCCCAGAGGGGGUCUGAAAAUAGAAAGUGAAACUCCAUUGGACAUGGCAACAAAUAUACCCUCUAACAGACACAAGGCAGCCACAAAAGGCUCUAGAAAGCCCAACAUAAAGCCCAAAUCUUCUCCUCGGCCUACAGCAGACAAAAAGAAAAACAAGGCUGCAAACAAACCCACCCAGAAAUCUAAGGAGUUUAUAGAAACGGACGCCUCAACCUCUGAUUCUGAUGAAAAUGAGAGCCUGCCUCCUUCAUCGCAAACCCCCAAAUAUUCUGAGAGCAGUAGGACUCCUGUUAAACCCUCCAUGGAGGAGGAUGACAGCUUUUCACGGCAAAGAAUGUUCUCUCCUAUGGAAGAGAAGGAACUCCUUUCACCGCUCAGUGACCCUGAUGAAAGGUAUCCUCUUAUUGUGAAGAUUGACUUGAGCCUCUUAACCAGAAUACCAGGGAAGCCUUACAAAGACACAGACCCAUCAAAAGUUGAGAGGAAAAAUGUGUCUGAGAAGCAUCCAAGGGAGCCCCAGAAAUCAUCCUCUGACAAAAGUUCCAACAAGGGCAAGAGGAAGCAUAAAUUAUGUCAGAAUACAGAAGAAAGUCGAGGCACUGAAAACAAGAAAACUAAACUGGAAGAAAAGCCUUCUUCAGCACACAAGACUUCGAGUAAUAGAGAGUCAUCAAAACAAAGUGCUAUUAAAGAGAAGGAUCUUCUCCCAUCCCCAGCCACAACCCCAGUGAUCCAAAAAGAUUCAAAGCAAGAGCAUGGGUCUCGGAAGAGAACUGUCAGUCAGUCUUCUUCCUUGAAAUCAAGUACUAACAGUAAUAAGGAGAGCAGCAGCAGUAAAAGUAGCUCAUCUAAACAAAAGAAGACUGAAGGGAAGACCUCAAGUAAUAUUAAGGAAGCAAAGGAAAAGGGUUUAAAUAUUACUUCAAACUGCCCUUCUGCCUCCACCACGGCUGCAGAUAACUCGAAGUCCCGAAGACCAAAACUAGUAUUUGAUGACAGGACUUACUCAGCAGAUCACUACUUGCAAGAGGCAAAAAAGUUAAAGCAUAAUGCCGAUGCGUUGUCUGACAGGUUUGAGAAAGCUGUGUACUACCUUGAUGCUGUGGUGUCAUUCAUUGAAUGUGGGAAUGCAUUGGAGAAAAAUGCUCAGGAAUCAAAGUCCCCGUUUCCUAUGUAUUCUGAAACUGUGGAGUUGAUAAAGUACACUAUGAAACUGAAGAAUUGUUCAGCACCAGAUGCAACUGCUGCAGACAAAAGGCUAGCAGUACUGUGUCUUAGAUGCCAGUCCCUGUUGUACUUAAGACUUUUCAAGCUGAAGAAGGAGAGCGCAUUGAAGUAUUCCAAGACACUGACUGAACAUCUAAAGAAUUCCUAUAACAAUUCUCAAGCACCAUCACCUGGUAUGGGAAGCAAACCUGUCAGCAUGCCAUCUCCAGUCUCUCCGAAGUUGUCUCCAGGGAAUUCAGGAAAUUACUCUUCAGGGUCAACCAUUCCUUCAGGGAGCACUUCUUCAGUGACUAUUCCACAGAGGAUACACCAGAUGGCAGCCAGCUAUGUCCAGGUUACUUCCAAUUUUCUGUAUGCCACUGAAAUUUGGGACCAAGCUGAUCAGCUUGCCAGAGAGCAAAAGGAUUUCUUUGCUGAACUGGAUAAAGUUAUGGGCCCUCUGAUAUUUAAUGCAAGUGUCAUGACAGACCUGGUACGUUACACCAGACAGGGACUACAUUGGUUGCGUUUGGAUGCCAAGUUAUAACUGGACUGAAGAAACCUAAAGCAUAGAAGAUACUUUUCUUGCUGCCUCUGAUUUUUUUCAACACUGUGUCAUAAAAAAUAAGGAAGACUGCCAUAAUGCAUCGCUUAGUGAAAGCUAAGAUUAAGGAAUGCUUUCAUGUAUUUCCCAGCAUCAUGUGUGUGAGAACCUCCAAACCAUCAUGUUAAUGAACUUUUCUCAGUUGUCCCGUUUUUAAGAUAUUUAAAAAUAGUUUAAACUCUGCAAUGUUUUAAUAUCAGAUGGAUUCACUGAGCUGCAAUUGGAUUGGAAUUCUAGUAAUUAUGCCUAACAAAUUUGUUCUAAAACUUAUUUAUUUUAAAUUGUUUUUGAAAGCUCUAUUUUUGGGCCAUUUUAAGAGUUAGCUGUUUUUCCUAUAAAUUUUACCCGAUCAAGUACUUAGUGAAGAUUAAAUGUAGACACUUUAUUUAAGUAUUUUGUGAGCUUUGUUAUUCUGUAAUGUCUUGUGGUGGUAGAGCUUGUAAGAGAAAGUCAGGGUUAAUAGAUUCUAAAGUGUAGGGACACAUUUUCUUAAAUAUUUCAGUCAACCCCUAAAUGACAGCCACUGUUUUACUAUUGUACUAAGUUCCAAGGAUAUUCUUCUAUACUUUAAGCCAUUUUAUUUAAGUGAAAUAUAAAAAGAGCUGUAUGAAAAAUUACCUUCAAAACAAAUGUCUUAACACUAAUAAUCACAAAACAUUACAGGAAUUUGCAUUUAAUGCAAUAUUAAAAUGAUGUGGGUUACAAUGAACUUCAGCCUCCAGGGAUAGACUCGGAAUGGUGUCAAAUGGACAAUCUUGUGCUUUGGUGCAGCCUCUUUAUUUCCUUGCUUGUCAUUGUUAGACACUGAAGCCACUGACUUUAACUUCUAAGUGAAACUGAUGUGCUUAAUCAGAAAUUGCAAGUAGUGACUGACAUCUGUGUUUUCUCUUGGACAGGAUUAAGUAAUGGGUAACAUAGGGUAGAGUGUAGAGCUGUGAUUACAGGGAAAUGUUGAACUGUUCUGUCCAGUUGAUUUGAAAUCUUGCUUUAACGCCAUUUUACAGCACCGUGUUAAAUGUUUGUGAUGGGAACAGAAUAUUUAAUUUUAAAGGAAAUAACUGUGACCAGCAAGAAUCAUGCAUGGAAUACUAAGUGACUGCUUUACGGUUACUAACCAAAGUACCUUUCCAUUGAAGGUGCUUGUCUGACUAAACAAAUAUUGCUUAGCGUCCCUAUCAUGUCUGGUGUGCCUUAUGCCUUUUUAGAUGAAGAUUUUGAAUACUGUUUACAAGAGGUUUUACACUUAGAACCUGAUAUCCUGUAUCCAGUUGAUCUCCUGCAGUACUUUGGUAAAAUUCCAUUUCCUUUUCUUAGUAUUAGUGGCUGUCAUUUGUUGACAAUACACAUUGGUUGUACUUUAGAGUCAAACUCUGAACCCCUUCAGUGUGGGAAUGUGGAAUGCUGCUUUACCCACCCUUGUCCUUGAACCCUGUCCCAGAUGUGACCGUGCAUGUCCAAGAAAAUGAUUGCACUAAAUUUAUGUCUAGCUGUAUAGCUAUGUGCCAAAAUGAUGGCGAGCUUUGAAAGAAGGAAUAGAAUUCUACAUUAAUUUGUACUGCAGUGUGUCCUUGGGACAUUGAGAGUUGAGAAGCUUCAUAAAUUAUAGUAACUUCACUAAACUAUAGCUUGCAUAUUCAUAGAGACUUGUAUCCUGAUGUUUUGUACUUCUAGGGAUGCUUGAGUUCAUACCCUGAUUCUUUGGAUCAAGUCAGUUGAAAUUACUACCCCUUGGUUCUGUAUUCACGAUCAGUAAUAUUUACUACUGCACUCUACUCCACAACAAUGCAUUGUAAGAGUGGAGGAAUAAGAUGUAGUCACAUCUCUGCAUACAAAAAUAUGAGUUUGUUGCAAUGUAAGGGAUAAAAUUAUGCACCCUAGGAAGGCUUACUCUGUGCAAGAUGAAUGAUUAAACAAUGCUGGGCAAAUCCAUAUGUCUGUAUUAAAUUCCUACAUUGCUGUUAGGGCCAGUGUGAGCAACUGCCAUGUGGAACUUCUUUAAAUUGCUCCCUUGGCAGGCAGAUCAUUAUGCAUGUGCUCAGCACACAAAUUAAGAGAGUUCCAGAUUAUUUUUUUAAAGAAAAAAGUGUUUAUAACAGACUUCCAUGAUACAUCUCAUGUAAGCUGAGAUGUACCAUGGAACAUAGAGGUCUCUCUCAUGAGAAGCAACUUUAAACAGGGGCACUUUCCUAUCCGUUGGUCCCAAGAGGAACAGCAGAGACUCUAGCUUAGUUCCAAUGGGGAGUUUUCCCAACCUUAACAUUCUGAAGUGCCUGACAUACUUACCACACUGAAGCCUCUACGCCGCCAGGAGCUGGAUUAUGAACUCACUUCCUGUGUAGUGUCGCAGUGGUCAGUGGGGGUGAUUUUGUACUCAGUUACAGAAAUCGGUGGGAAAAUAUCUCCCUUUUAAAAAGAACACUGUUUUUUUAAAUUAGAAUGUUCUAUAUCAGAUUGAGUUUUUGAAAAACUUCUCCAGAUGAAUCCUGAGCAUUUAUAUAUGUAAUAAUUUAUCAAGGCCUCUCUAGAGUUUUAAACAUGGGUCUAAGCUAGCAGGCAUUAUCUGUUGUAUUAUGAUACAAGAGGUAUCAUUUGUAUGCCCUUAAUAAAUGAGGAGAAAUCUUCCUUCCCCAAUACAAACUAUCAGAUUUCCAACCAGUUAAAUUGGACUUGCCAAAUUUCAAAAGGCCAUCUAACUUUGAAUUCCUUUGUCUCUGAAGUGCAUGAGUAAUUUGCCAAAAUUAAAUGUGAAACACAAACAUGUCAUAAGCUUCUGCUUUUCUUAAGAGCAAAAGCAAGUUACCAUCCAAAAUCUGCCUUUAAGAAGCAUUGGAUUGGACUUAAAUCAGUCAUGACUAACUUCUCCCAUUGAUUUCAGUGGGACUAAGGCAUGAUUAAGUUUGUCUGGAUCCAGCCCAUUGUCUUCAUUUGAAAACUCUGGAAUUUUAGAUACUGAAGAGUUCACGAUUGUGUAUUAACACAUAUCAGUGUUGUAGUAUAUCCCAGUGAUAAGCCUUUAAAACCGGCUCAAUAGUCAGACUAGGCUUGCUCAGGUGUUCAAGUAAUUUCUGAAUUUUUCUCUCAAGCUUGCAGGUUCAUAGGAGAGUAAUUCAUGAAUGGUGUCGUGAGAUCCACCAGUGGAACUCUGGGUGUUUCACCAGGCUGCUGGCAGUGUUUCACUUUAUGAGUUUGGGAUGGGGUAGAAACCAACUGGCAGGUCCCAAACUAAAGCAAAAUUCUGAUGUUGGUUCCUGCUAAUGAAAUAUCUAGGGACCGUUGACCUUGUAGACACGUGGCUACUUCAUUUUGUAUCUUAAAUGAACAGUCGGGGUACCAGACCAAGAUGGCCCAGCAUGUUCAGUUCAAUAUGAUUUAAAUCUCUUGGCUGUAAAGCAGAGCAAGUAGCUCUUGACCUUUUGACAGCAGUAUGCAAUUUGUAAUAUACAUGUUUCUAAUACAUAUAUCUACAUAAAUAUAUAGAUGAAUGAACUCAAGUCUGUCCAAAGUUUGUUAUACUUGUGUUAGAUUAUAGUGCAGCUGACUAUAUCGAUAUAUUUAUUGAGUGCUGAGCCAUCCUCAUUUUGGCGAUGGUGAUAAAUUUUGCAUAUUAUGCAGGAGUGCUAUUGGUUUCUUUUAGAUUAUUGAAGCUUGAUUGCUGUGAUUUUAUACAAAACAUCCCCUGUAGUGUGUUUUAAUGAGCAGCCACAGCAGGUAUGGAGUCAAUGCAUAGAAUUGCUUGCCUAAGGCAAGUAAAACACAGCUGUAGGCAGAUAACGCUAUAGUUUGCCAAAUUUGGCAGAUAAUGGGAAAGACUACCUUUGCUAUAUAUAGUAAUAUUUCCUUGCACUGUAAACUCUGCAGUAUUUUUAUUGAAGCGGUUUAGGUGGACCUGAGCAAAUCAAGUUUGAAUACAUUUUACCCAUAGGAAGAGUAACCAAACCAUAUGGUAGAGUCCUGAAUGACAAAUAUUUCAUAAAUAUUUGAGUCAAGGACAGGAUGACAUUGAAUUGAGUAGAAAUCAGUAUUGUGGGAAAUGUGGGUUUUCAAUAGCUAAGUUAAUGUUGGAUAUCUUUCAACAACAUAUAGCCAAAGCUUUUACUAGUGAGCUCUGUUAAGCAACUUCAGUCUUUUCCCAAGAGAUAGAAAAUACAGCUUAACUGUAUAGUCAAAGUAUGAUAAUCAGUUUCAUUAUUUUGGAUGGGCACGGGGGUGUUUAUGGCAUUUUAAAAUAGCAGUGAUGGGGGAAAUAAGUUAGUUAUAACAUUCUCAAUGGAAUGUUGACCAUUCUAGAAACCCCAAAGCAUUUUUCCAAAAUGCCUCCCACCCCCCACCUCUUAUCGGUUCACCUGAGCUUUAAGCAAACUCCGCUAAAGACAUUUGAACUGCUGAUUCCGGUCCAAUAAUUGUUGAAACAGAUCUAAUGUUGGCUUUGCUUUUCCAUUCCAUCUGUAAAUGUAUUGGCAAAACAUUUGUUUCUGGUAAUGUAACUGUGAACUGAACUGAUACUGGCAAAUUGGACUCAAAAUGUUUCCUUUCUCCUAGUUUUGUAAAUCACAUCGGUAUUGCAGCCAGCAUUUCAAGAUGGUUGCAUUAAGAUCUUUGAGAACUUGGCUUCAUGGGCCUCUGCAAGCACAGUUGCUGACAUUUGUAUCUGGUUCCCCUUUUAAAUGGUUUUAAGAAGUUUUGUAUAUGGAGGAUAAAGUGCUUAUAUAUUUAUUAAAGAUCCUUUAUCUUAUUUGAAAUUAUUUGGUAAAGAUUUUUUUCUUUUCCUUUGGGGGGGCAAACAGGUGGGGGUGGGGUGGGAGGUUAUUGUUAACCUUUUAACUUAUCAAUUAAAAAGCCUUCUUAAGCAUGUGACCUGGUACUGAUCAUGAUUGGCAGGAUGGCUCUCUGUUGUAUGCUUUGUACAUGACUUGUCCAUGUCUUCUACAUUUUGUUACUUCAACUUAUUUAGUCAUCUGUUUUCAACCAAAACUAAAUCUUUAAAACAAAACUGUGAUUUCCCCCCUCUUUCCUUUGCAAUACAUUUGAAAUUUCAAAAGGGUACUUUGGAGCUCCAAAUUAGGAUUUCUAAGUCAGUAUGUGCAUUUCACGUAUGUUAAUGGUGAGCAAAGUAUUAUAUACUAACUAGAUUUUUUUCCACAUCUGUAUAGUAUAUUCUAUGUAUUUUGUGGUAUUGAGAUUAUAGAAAGUUUAGUGUCUGAAAUAUGCGUUUAAUGUGUAUUUUUAAACAAAUUUAUGGCAAUUAAAUAUUUGGAGAAAAGGGUAUCACAUUUCAAUUUGUAAAGAUCUUUUUAACUACUGUGUCAUUAAAAUGCUUUGUACAAUGCAAACCUGUAACUGGAGAAACUAAGUUUAAUAAAUAUCAAAUAGAUUUUCUGUAUUAAACUUUAUAAGCACUGUGCUUGAAUUAA